UUGUUUUUAUUGAAAUUGAGCAUGGAAAAUUUAUGUAAUGGAGCGCAGAGAGAAUCAAACUCCUCAAGGCCAAAUAGCUAGGGUUUUGGUUGAAUUUUUGGAAGUUGCUAUUACUUCUGUUGUUUUUCUCAAAGGGGUUUAUCCUUCAGGUGCUUUUGAGAGGAGAAGGUAUAUGAAUGUGGUGGUUCAAAGGGCUUGUCAUCCUCAGCUUAGGUAUUAUAUUCAUGCCACUGUUGCAGGACUUCUUCCCUUUAUACAAAAGGGCCUGGUUGAAAGAGUAGCUGUUAUUUUCUUCAAUGCUGAUGAUAUUCCGCUCGAGAAAUUUGUUUUCAAGCUUGCAAUGAAUCUCUCUUAUGGUUCAUCUGUGGAAGAGGUUGAUCUUCAGUUCUCUCUCAGAUCAUUCAUGAGCAAGUUGUCAAUAUCAGAAUCUCUUACUAAGAAGCUUCCUCAUGAUUGCAGGUGGGAGAUAACUGCUUACUUUCGAUCGAUUCCAGAGGCAGGCACGAGCAAGGAAGCGGACUUGUGGAUUUCAACCGACACAAAACAGUGGCAACAGCCUCCACUUAUUACCCCUAUCAAAUCGAUGAGUAGUGAACCUCUUUGUUUGCAAUUGUACUUGGAGCAUCCAUGUUUAUCAGAAUCAUUGCUAUGAGAAGGGAACUUAAGUAUGGAACACCACCUCAUGAUCAUCUCAUUACACCUUUGUUUACACAUGCAAGCAAUGGUCAUUAUUGGAGGCUAGUGGUUUGAAAGCACAUUCUCAAUCAAUGGAAUAUAUUAAAACAGCUUUUCACAAGCACUAGAGUAGAGUAGAGGGCUUGCAUUGAACUACUCUUCCCAUAUGAAAAGUUGUUUACUUUUUUCUAUGAUUUGAAGGUAGGAAAGAGAAAGAGAGAAAAUUUUGAUGAUGUAUAUAAUGGAUGGAAAGUGUAAAAAGCAUCAUGAUUAAUGUAUAGUCUGUUUUAGUUGGUUCAAAUUUGUGUGACUUGAGAACAUGCUUUAAGGAAUUCUUACUUUUGACU